UUCACGAUAUUUAUCAUUUAAUGUUAAAUGCGGUGUUGUUUUAUAUAUAUUUUAAAUAAUAAUGGUGUUCUUUCAUUUCGAAUACAAAUAACUGUGAUUAAGACCAACCUAAAAUAGUCCUGACAAAACUCGCACUGUAACCAAUGGGAGUUAAUCUUGGUGAAGUAGGACUUCUCUGUGGAAACCUGUCACAGCCAGCUACCAUGUGGUCCUUAAUAGAGCACUUGGCCCUUAGUGGGUUUCCAAGACCACCAGCUAAAUUGAGGAGCAACGUUAAAGCAGGACUAAACAAGAAGCAAGCAACUACAAAUAGUGUAUACCAUUUUGUUUAUUCACCCCCCUUUUUUUUUUUUACAUUUUCAAAGGCUUCAUUAUUGGUGUAUUUCUUGGUGUCGUAUGUUCUUCUAAUGAAGGGCUGGUGGAAACAGCUGAUGUUUCUGCCAAAUGACUUAAACAACAUGGGUGUAGUACUAUCCAGGUAAAGAGUUAUGCCGUUUUUCUCACUUUGCCUAUCCUUCCUUAUAUGAAUGGUUUAAUUUCUCUGUGUCUCUUUCUUUCUGUUUGUGUGUAUGCCUAUCAAUUUAUGUACCAGAGUAAAUAACAGAUGUCAAAUGACUUCCAGAAUGCCUGUCAACACAUUGAGCAGCAUCUCUGACAGAGAAGCCAACAGCACGGACAGCGAUCAUUCCUCUGUCAUACCGAAAGUGUGUGAGCCAGAGGGGCUGUUAGUUCCUGCACUUCCAGAAACAGCCUCUGUGGAGCGAGGCUAUAUCACUCCACAUCAGAUUUACAAUCUGCUUAAUGCAGAAGAUGGCCAGCCUGCUAUAUUUGAUCCGUACUAUAUGCUUAUCCUGGACUGUCGCAAGGCUGAGAGGUACAAGGACAGCCAUGUGGUGACAGCACGGGCCGCUGUAACAGUGAUCCACCCUGAGUUGGGCUGUCUAAUCAGCUGCAUUGAGCUGCAGAAGUACUCUAUAAUACUGCUGUAUGCAGAGGAAGGAUGCAGCCCAGUGGGCAGUGUAAAAGCCAGGGCAGACUCUCCAGACCUCCAGCGCUGUUUCUUCCAGCUCAGUGGUCUGGGAAUGGACCCGAUCAUCAUGUUGGGGGGGUUCUCAGCCUUUAAUGCCCUGUAUCCCUUCCUGUGCACAACACGCAUGGUCCUGAUUGAACCUGAGCGCCACACCCUCACCAUCUACCCCUCAGAGAUUCUAGAAAAUGCACUCUACCAAGGCUCUGUCUCCCAGGCCUCUGACUACCGCAUCAUCAAGAAUUUACAGAUCACGCAUGUGGUUAAUGCCACUGCCAACUGUCCUGACGCUUUCCCCAACACGCUGUGCUACCUGCGACUACGUUUGAGUGAUGACUCCCAACAGGACCUGGUGGAGGCCUUGCCACUAGCAUCCAGGUUUAUUAACACAGCACUGAGGGCAGUCCCAGCUGGCCGAGUUCUGGUCCAUUGUAGUAUGGGCAGGAGUCGUAGCUCAGCAUUAACACUGGCUUUCCUCAUGCAGCACAGGUGCUGGUCUCUACUUCAUGCUGUGCGCUGGUUGAAGGAGAAAAGGGCAUGCACGGCACCUAAUGUGAACUUCCUGCGACAGCUGUUGACCUAUGAGGAGCAGCUAUUUGGACGAAGACUAACCUCCCUGGAUGACAUCCGUCGAUGACUGGAUUAUAGGACACGUAGUGGAAUAAAGGUCACAAUGAGUGGAAGUGUACAUUAUUUUUUACAGGUCACACUGAGAGAAAUGUAAAAUAUAUUGACGCUGAUCUAAAAAGUAUAUUUUAUUCUAAAAGACACACAUUGACCAGAAUAUAGUCUAUAACCCCUUAUAAAACCGGUGCCAUGAAGCCCCUGUUGUUUUCCUUUUUUACGCCUCAAUUAUUACAGUAAUUUUAAAAAUGUUGUUAUUUCAUGAACUCCUGAUAACUGAUAUAACUCCUUUCGUGACAGUUUUGUGUGACAUUUAGUUUUCCUUCACUUUUCUACCAGGGGAUGACCCUAAUACUCAAAGUCAUGUGCCUUACAAAUACCAGCUGUUAACAUUUUUAUAGAUAACGUCAAUGGUUCCUUAGUGUCAAGGUUUAAGGGUUCCAUAAUCUCAGUUAAUAGUUUAACCAACAUUCAUCAAAUCACUGGCAUAAACAGAUAACAGCAACAACCUUGGCCCCAUUAUUAAAUUGAUAAUGUACGCCAAUGCACAAUAUAAUGUCAUUAAGAAAUUGCUACAUUCACGUUUGUAUAAGUCUAUUUUAAAAUAAAUUGUCUGAUUUCCUGUCCUUCAAAAUCGUCUUUU